AUGCCCAACUACGAGGAAAUCUCACGUCGUGCCGAGGCCGACCUCAACACCUACCAAUCCAAGACUGGCAACGCUCGUCCACAAGGCCUGGACGACGCUGGUGUCAACUCUUAUGCGGAAAAGAAAUUCGACUCUGCCAAAGUCACCUACGGAGAUGACUUGAGCACAAAUAGAGGCUACAACAAGCGUAUUCCUCCAAGCGAGGGAGGAGACCUCGAUGCCCGCGGCAGACAAGCUACAGGCAAUCUCUACGAAGGUAAAGGAGGACCCGACGACAAAAUUGCCGAAUCAUACCGUCAGCAAGGCGGCCAAAACGACAACGAUGUUGUAAGCGCACGAGUGCCCGACACUGAAGGCCUCGGCAGCGCCAACGAUAUUGCGACGCAGGGAAAGAUUGCGUCCAAGACAAACGUUGGCAGCAAUCCGGCGGGACCUGGAGGAUCGAAAUUCAAGGGCAGCGAGUAUUAUACGCCUGAGAGCGUGCCCGAUAGCAUCUCUGCAGAGGGGUGGAUAGCGCCGGAGAGUGUGACGGAGGCGAGUCGCGAGACGGAGGGGUAUUCAAAGUGA